UGUGCACAACCGAAUGUGGCCUGGUGGAUGCAGCCUUUGCACGCUAAAUUAGUGCAUUAGCAUCGCUUUUUAGUCAGGGACAGGAAGCUGCGGAUGCAGUAGGUACUACUGCCUUAGUGCGGCAGGCAAGGAUACUUGCGGUAAAGCGCCCUCAGCCUGAGAGGUAGAGAAGCCAAGGGAACAUCCAAGCAAACGACAAGCUGCACAACACAGUCCGCCCUAAGAUGUCGGUUGACUUUAUCGUGCAGCAGUCUAGACUGCUCUCCAAUACCAAUAUUAAGCCCUGGCUAGUCGACACUGGCAAAGGUAAUGGCAAGAAGGCCUUCGGAGGGCAAUCGUUGCCCGAACAGGCGUUCCUGACCCGAAGGCCUCGUACCUUUGGUUCCUGAGGCUCCACCCCCCUCUGUCUCCUCAAAUUCUCAAUGGCCUGAGCUGCCGGCUGCCCGCUUUAACCGAACACUAGUAGUAAGGUCAGUCGUGGUGGCCGACGGCUUCCCCUCUAGACGAUGAAAUCAAGGCAAUGGACUGUGGGUAGUUGUGGGCACAGGUUUGUUUGACUCUGGAACAGUGGCAUCUGCAUGAUGGCUUCGUGGUUUCAUCAUCACUUGCAGAUGGGUUCGAUCUUUGUUCGUUCCUGUGGAAACUCUAAAAACUGAUUUGAUUAAUAUUGAUUGACC